UCUUUAUAAUCUGUGACCCGACCUUCAGACUCUUUGCGUUCAGCCGAAACACGAUCAUCUGCAGGUUGAGCAACAAAUUAGCAAGGAGCGAUCUAUGGUGAAUGAUAACGCAAGUCCAUUAUCGCAUAUUGAAAAGAAAAACAUAUUAAAACAUAAAGCAAAAGAAGCAAUCUGCAGCGAGCAGUAGUCGAGGAAUCAUUGAGCAAGUCCAUUAUUGCAUAUUGAAAAGAAAAGCAUACUGAAACUGAACAGAGAUUUGUACUACUUCUCUGCAAUAUGGGCAGUAAUACACUUUCCACUCGAAUUGAGGAAAAGCUUGCUAUCUCAACUGGAGUUGGUCAGUUUUGUAUGUAUAAAGUGCAUGAGCUAUUACGUGAUGUAAACGAGAAGGCUUACAAGCCUACGUUGCUUGCCAUCGGUCCUUACCACCAUGGCAAGGUUGGCCAAGGAUUUAUGGAAGAGCAUAAAUUGUACUAUCUACAACAAAUGCUUAUAAAAACGAAAGGAAGUGUAGAAGCAUACAUCACGGCCUUGAAAGAAUUGGAAGAGCCCGCUCGUAAAUGCUAUGUAGAAUACAUUAGCCAGACCCCAGAUCAGUUUGUAGAAAUGAUGUUACUUGAUGGGUGUUUCAUUAUUGAGUUGUUCCGUAAGUAUGAAAUCUACAAGAAAACAAGACAAAAGGAAUAUGACCCAAUUUUUCAAACGGAGUGGAUGCUUUCUAUAAUAGCUCGGGAUCUGCUAUUAUUUGAAAAUCAACUUCCAUUAUUCAUUCUUGCUAAAUUGUUUGGUAUGAGUGAGAGUAACGGAUCCAGAAAUUUAGGAGAACACAUUGUUGAUAUUGAGGAGACAGAUGAAAUUAGUGUUGAAAGCUCAACCUCCACAGUUCAAAUUGUCCAGACACAGCUUAAUGAUCUUGUCCUCGGUUUUUUUGCUGCCUUUUUACCAUUUAAAUGGAAUGUCAACACAUCAAAUUAUAAUUCAACCGAAAGGAUUAAGCAUCUACUUGGUCUGACGCAUGAAGCUCUCAACCCUUCACUUCCAAUAAUGAUAUGUCAACGUUUAGAGCAUGGGUUCAGAUUCAAGAAUGCAGAGUUUGAGCAUCUCCUUGGUCUCAUACAUGCAACCAUUUGUAUUUCAAUACUUGAUACAGAAAUAGAUCAUGCCAAGGAAUGUCAAGAGGCAGAAGUCAAAAUCAAGAAGGCAGAGAUAUUUAAGCACCUAUUUGAUCUGAUUUGUAAAGCAGUCAUUCCAUUACUUGCAAAAAUGAAGAAUACGAGGAAGGCAAUCUCUUAUUCUAAUGAAUGUUCUGGCUCCCUAGACAAUAUGGUAGAGAAAUUGACGGAUUUGCAUGGUCCAAAAGAGGUUGAAGACUGGAAAUCAAUUCCAUUUGGCUUAGAGCUUCUAGAGGCUCAAGUUGGAUUCAAUAUGGCAAAUAAAUUUAAGGAUAAAUUAUUUGAGUUUUUCGACUGGAUACCGAUACCUUUUGGCUUUGAGCUUAAAGAGGCUGGAAUUGAACUCAACAAGGCAAAGAAUUUUGAGAAAAUAUAUGAUCGAAAUAGGAAUGAAGACUGGAAGUCCAAACAGUGUGAAAUAGGGCCACGAAUUGAUGGAGUCGAAUUGAAUGCGAUACAAAAAGUUAAGCAUCUAUUUUGUCUGAACAAGAUUGAAAAUUGGAUUUGGAAGUCAAUACCUUACAAUAAAGAGCUUCGUGAGGCUGGAGUUGAAUUCCACAAGGCAAUGAAAUUUAAGCGUCUACACGCUCUUAGAGAGAUUGAUAACUGGAACAUACAUAGUGCCACAGAGCUUGUUGAGGCUGGAAUCAAAUUCAAAAAGGCAGAGAAAUCUAACUUGCUUUCCUUAAAGUUCAACAAUGGGCUAAUGGAGAUUUCACCUUUGAGCAUACAUGGUGAUACAGAGACUUAUUUACGAAAUCUAAUUGCAUAUGAGCAAUACAGACAAAAUGGCUCGAAUUAUGUCUACAACUAUGUGCGCUUCAUGGAUUGUCUCAUUAAUUCUCCAAAGGAUGUUGAAUUACUUCGUCGAAAUGGAAUUAUCAAUAAUUGUUUGGGUGAUGAUGAAAUUAUUUCCGACAUGGUUAACAAGCUUGGUCACUAUGUUAUCUUUUCGACCAACAUUUAUGCUAGAACUUCCACGAAUCUGAACAUGCAUUGCAGGAGACGCAGGAAUGUAUGGAUGGCAAAAUUAAGGCGCGAUUAUUUCAACAGUCCUUGGGCAUUGAUUUCAUUUCUAGCGGCUGUGUUAUUGCUUGCACUUGCAAUUAUACAAACCAUAUUUUCCAUUAUUCCUUAGGUUUUUCAGGUAGUCUUGAUGUAUGUUCUCUUAGUGAAUGUAAUAAAUAUUGAAGAAUAAAAGUAAGAGUGGCCCCAAACUAUAUCUUUUGUUGAGCUAUAUAUGAAUCAUAAUAUAUUGAACGAAAUUGAUUGGGACUUAGACAGUCGUAUGACAAGGGUCUCUUAUGCCACACAUCAUUAGAAGACACCGUAGUGACAAGGAUACAUAUUAUCUAGAAAUGUAAUAAUUUUUCUUCUCUUAAUUUUCAG